AUGGAGAUACCGGAGAAGCUUCUCGACUACAAAUUGGCAAUCCUCUCCGUCUUCGGAUUCGUCCUCGCGAUCCUCUCCUUCUUCUACCUCGCGCCUAACUUAAUCCGCCUUUUGAACUACUUCUCUCCGCUUCUCGUCUCGACGGCGCUCUUCCUCGUCGCAAUCGUCGUUAUCGGCAGGAUUUCUCCGCUGGUGACGGAAGAGUCCGCCGAGAAAACUGGCGAAGGACUGCUGGCUUACGUGGCGAGCGAGCCGGAGCAUUUGCAGCAGCUGUUGGCGGAAGUUGAAGAAGGAGAAACUCGUUGCGGGUGCCCUCACACCGCCCCCGUUCUCAACCAAACGCUCGCCGCCACUCCCCCAAACUACAAUUUCGCCAAUAAAUUUAACGCUUACCAACGCGCCGCAUUGCCCGCGCGGAGCUGUUGCUCGAGGCACACUGAAAGCGACGACGAUGAAGAGGAAGAUUACGAAAGCGGUGAAGGAGAGGAUUAUAGUGAAAAUGAAGGGGAGAGCGCUGAUUUGUCUGCUGAGGAAAAAGUAAAAGAAGCCACUGAGAUCGGGUACACGGUCCUCGGUCCGCUCCAGAAAUCGGACAGGGUUUUCAAAUUGUAUGAGCCCGUGUUCGCAGUUGUUCAGAUUGGAUCGCAUCAAUUCAAGGUGAGCAAUGGGGAUACCAUUUACACAGAGAGGUUGAAGCACUGUGACGUCAAUGAUAAGUUGGUCCUCAAUAAGGUUCUUAUGCUAGGUUCACAAACACAGACAAUCAUUGGUAGGCCAAUUUUGACUGAAGCAGCUGUUCAUGCUGUUGUUGAGGAACACGCGCUAGACGCAAAGGUGAUCAUAUUCAAGAAAAAGAGAAGAAAGAAUUACAGAAGAACAAAAGGUCAUCGCCAGGAAUUAACUAAACUAAGGAUAACGGAUAUACAAGGGAUCGAGAAGCAAGAAAAUACUAUGCCUCUGCCUCCUCCUCCAACGAAAGAGAAGGAAAAGGCAGAGAAGAAGGUGGCUAUGGAAGCUUAAUAGGCACAUAUGCUUGUCUGGUGCUUUCAAGAUCCAUUUUUCCCAACAGCUCAAGCCUGAUAUACUACUCCUAUUUGUUUUCUAAUGUAACCUUUACAUUCACAGAAUUCAGGUCUUCUUCCUUGUU